AUGUUUGCUUCUAUCGCGACCGCCCCGGCCAAACAGUCGGUUAGCGAGACAAUAUCGGUGCUUAGCGGACGGUUGAGCUCGGCCACUUUGCUUGAGGAUCGCCGAGCAGCCAUUCUUGGUCUUCGAAGCUUUGCGAAGGAGUACCCAGCGUCUGUCUCGUCAGGGGCUCUUCGGAGCUUAAUUGGGUGUCUAGCACAUGAUGGCGAGGAUGUCGACACUGUGAAGGUGGUGCUUGAGACGCUGCUUAUGCUCUUCAGUCCCAACGAAGAUAGCCCCGAGGCUUCAGAAGAGAUCGCCCUUUGGUUGGCGGACGAGUUCACACAGAGGCUGGAGAACAUUACUCUGCUUCUUGACUUUCUUGAAACCAACGACUUUUACUCGCGGCUAUACUCUUUACAGCUACUAUCUGCUAUACUAGCUGCCCGAACGGAACGGACAGAAGAGUGUAUAUUCACCGCCCCAUUAGGUAUCUCGCGUCUUGUCGCUAUUCUCGAUGACAACAGAGACGUGAUACGGAGCGAGGCGAUCACGCUUCUCACCUACCUGACACCUUCGUCGCUGGAGAUACAGAAGCUUGUCGCCUUCGAAAAUGCAUUCGAGAGGAUAUUUAAGAUCAUUGAAGGGGAGGGCGGCGUUGCUGAAGGAGGCCGGGUUGUCGAGGACUGCCUGAUUCUCCUGGCCAACCUUUUGCGCAUGAACCCUCACAACCAGACACUUUUCCGAGAGUCUCUGUGUACCGCUGUGCUCUCUAGAAUUCUUGGGGAAGUUGCCUCAUCAGCCAUAGAGCAAGACGAGAUGGCUGGCUGGGCGCAGGCCCAGCGUAAUCGGAAUGUCUACGCCCUUCUGGCAGUCGUUCGUCUGUUUCUGAUGUCUGGUGCGGUUGGUACAGUACAAAACCAGGCAGAGUUCUGGCGCACUGGCCUUCUCUACCAUGCCUUACAACUAGUGUUUAUUGGUACUUUUGAGGUACAAAUUCGCGCCGAGAGGGCAAUCGACGGCCACAAUUCCGGUGCCGACGAAACAGCGAACGUGUUUACUACUCUACUUCGAUCACCGACUUCAUCUUGCUCUAGCGAUCCCUACCGCCAGUGGUUCGCUGCUGUCAUAAUGCUCCAUUUGCUCUACGAUAAUUCAAGGGCCAAGGCUUUGGCGAUGACGGUGACAGAAGGAGAUGAGGCUAGCGGGGAAGAAGUGGUGACAAGCAUUCAAACUGUCACGGCACAACUUCUUGGUAGCAUAAGUAGAGAGGAUGAUCCGCGGAUUGCAGUCGGCUACCUAAUGCUACUAAUAUGCUGGCUGUUUGAGGAUCUCGACGGAGUCAACGACUUUUUGGGUGAAGGAAGCAAUGUUCAGGGCCUGAUACAGGUAGUAGUGAAGACUACUGGCAGUGACAUUGUCGUUCAAGGGCUUUGUGCUCUCCUGUUAGGAGUUGUGUACGAGUUUUCUACCAAAGACUCGCCAAUUCUUAGGCAGAAGCUGCACGAAGUGCUUAUGGGCCGGAUGGGCCGUGAUCGGUACGUCGACAGGCUUACCAAACUCAGGGCACAUCCAUGGCUCAGGGAUUUCGAAGUCACCCCUCAAAGGCUUGAUCUCGCGGGGAGCCAGAGACUGCCGGACGUGUACUUUGAUAUUACGUUUGUCAAUUUCUUCAAAGACAAUUACAGCAGGCUUCUUCGCGCCAUUGACAGGGACCCGGGGACAGAGAUAUCGUUCGUGGCCAACGGUGUCCAGCAAGGCAUAUCCCGAGAACUGGUGGACUCACUUCGAGCCGAGCUGGGCCAGAAGGAUCGUAUUUUGGGAGAAGCACAGGAGAGAUUGUCUUCUCUCGAAAAUGCGCUGGGUCAAGAGCGCUCAGAUCACAAACGUUCUAAGGAGACCGCUGCCAUUGAUCUCAGUAAGGCCAAGGCUGCGCAAGACCUGUUGUCCCGGAAGCACGAAGAGCAGAUGCAACAAACUCGCGCAGAACGCCAGAAGGAGAAGGCAGACUGGCAACGACAAAUGGAGCAGGCAAGGAAAGCUGCGGAAGCAGACGCAGCACGAGCUCAGCGGCGUUUUGAGGCAGAAAUGGCAGACCUCAGAGCUACAAGCAGUCGCCUUGAAGUGGACUUGUUGAAGGCAAACAAGAGCAAGUCCCAGGAGCUGCAAAGCAUCCGUGAAACGCACAAGGCCCAGCUUACUGAGGCCGAAGCAACAGCCGCUGAUGCAGCCCGGCGGAUAAAGGCUUUGGAGGGCAAAGUUGCCACCGCAGAGAAGAAAGCCGUGGAGCUGAGGGAAGCUCUGGAGACGACCGAAGAACAGAACAGAGAGCUAGCAGAGAGACUGGAUUCUAUGGAAAAGGACACGAAGAAGGUGGAGGCUUUGUUGGUCGAAAGCAAGGAGGAAAAGAAAACGACGCAGGCGGAGUUGGAUGAUCUUCUCAUGGUCUUUGCGGAUCUGGAAGAGAAGGCAAAUGGGUAUAGGGAGCGUCUCAAGGAACUUGGCGAACACGUCUCUGACGACGAGAAUGACGAGGAAGACGGGGACAGUGACGAAGAUGACAGCGGUAGCGAGUCGUCCGACGAGGAGGGCUGGCUCGACACCAACCCCGGCGACGACGAAGAGCCGCAGGUGGUCAUCUCCCUACUGGAUGACCAUGUGUUCCAGGACGCUGCAGCAAUGCUUUCAUACUGCAAGGAUGAGCACAAGUUUGACUUCCUCGCCAUUAGAGACCGACUAGGCCUAGACUUCUAUGGUUGCGUCAAGCUCAUUAACUUCAUUCGCCAGCGUGUGCAUGAGGGACUGUCUGUGUCGAAUGACUUGCCUGCUGCCGACUUUGACCACGACCAGUAUCUCAAGCCGGUGCUCGACAACGACGCCCUCAUUUUCUGCCUAGACAGCCUUCCCGCAGCAGGUCAGCCGCAUGAUCAAGUUGCAGCAGAGAAGGUCGCUUCAACAGAUUCCAACGAGACAGGGAAGGUUGAAAGCAACGAGUCACUGUCCAAGGAUGUCCAACAGAAGAACGAGGUUUUGCAGUCUGAGCUGGAAACUCUCACAAAGCAGUUUGAAAACUAUCGCCUCGCUGUCCAGAAGACGCUUGAUCAGCGAUGGGGCACCAACGAGCCAGAGACGGAUGCAAAGAGCUCGCCCGCGAAAGACGGUGCGACCAAGCCGAAGAGUUCAUCCGAUUACUAUUUCGAGUCCUACUCAUACAAUGACAUCCACGAAACUAUGCUGAAAGAUGCGGUGCGCACUGAUGCAUACCGUGAUUUCAUCUAUGGGCACAAGCAUCUCUUUGCCGGGAAGACUGUGCUUGACAUCGGAUGUGGAACAGGUAUUUUGAGCAUGUUCUGUGCGAAAGCGGGCGCAAAGUUGGUCAUAGCCGUUGACAGGUCCGAAAUCAUUAACAAGGCCCGUGAGAACAUCUUCAACAACGGACUGAGCGAUCAGAUCACCUGUCUUAAGGGCCUUAUUGAGGAGGUUGAGCUCCCCGUUCCCAAGGUAGACAUUAUUGUAAGCGAGUGGAUGGGUUACGCUCUUUUGUACGAGGCCAUGCUUCCCAGCGUCAUCUACGCCCGAGACAAGUACCUGGUGCCUGGUGGGCUGCUGGUGCCGAGCCACGCCUCUCUGUGGGUUGCACCAGUUUGCGACUCGGAGUACGUUUGCGACAGUAUCACGUUUUGGCGAGAUGUCUACGGCUUCGAUAUGAAGGCGAUGCAAGCCGGGAUUUACGACGAUGCGCGAGCAGUGGUCAUGCCCUCGAAAAACAUUUGCGGCACUUCAAGCAUGUUCCGGCUAUUCGACCUGCACAAGACGACGGUCAGUGAUCUGGUCUUUGGUGCCGGCUGGAAGACAUCGCUGUAUGAGAACGCGGACUCUCUUGACGGCUUCCUCGUCUGGUUUGACAUAUACUUCUGCACAUCACAAGAGGCGAAGAUCGAACCCGCUGAUGCGACGGCCCAGAGCUGGUUGUCCGCUGGCAAGGACCGAGUUGCAUUUACCACCGGGCCAUUUUCUAAAGCAACACACUGGAACCAGUGUCUGCUGCUCUUGGAGUCACACUCAAAGCAGUUAGGACAUGCAAAAGGCCUCGACCUGUCAGGCGAGAUCUCGUUUGCUGUGGCUCCGGACAACCCGCGAGCCUUGACACUACGGAUGAGUUGGACACCAAAUUCGGCUUCUGGCGAAGCUUCUACGCAAAAACAGGCAUGGGCGUUGAACUAG